CGGGGCCGUGUGUUUUGGUGGCAGUUCUGCGAGGCACAGGGCCUGGAUUACAUCGUGGGCCGGGUGUGGAUCGGCUUCUGGCUGAUCCUGCUGGUGCUGGUGGUGGUGGCCUGCGAGGGCAGCGUCCUGGUGCGCUACCUGUCCCGCUACACACAGGAGAUCUUCUCCUUCCUCAUCUCCCUCAUCUUCAUCUAUGAGACCUUCGCCAAGCUCGUCACGAUCUUCAAGGAUCACCCGCUGCAGUGGGAGUACAGAGUGCAGAACGCCACGGACCCAGCGGUGCCCAAACCCAACACGGCGCUGCUGUCCCUCGUCCUCAUGGCUGGCACCUUUUUCCUCGCCCUCUUCCUCCGCAAAUUUAAGAACAGUGUGUUCCUGCCCGGCACGAUCCGGCGCCUGAUCGGGGACUUCGGGGUGCCCAUCUCCAUCUUCAUCAUGGCCCUGGCUGACUUCUUCAUCAAGGACACCUACACGCAGAAACUGAAGGUGCCCAGAGGGCUGGAGGUGACCAACAGCGCGGCCCGGGGUUGGUUCAUCCACCCCAUGGGCAUCACGGCCCCUUUCCCCAUCUGGAUGAUGUUUGCCUCCGUGGUGCCGGCCCUGCUGGUCUUCAUCCUCAUCUUCCUCGAGACGCAGAUCACCACCCUCAUCGUCAGCAAACCGGAGCGGAAGCUGGUGAAGGGCUCAGGGUUCCACCUGGACCUGCUGCUCAUCGUGGCCAUGGGCGGCGUGGCCGCACUCUUUGGGAUGCCCUGGCUGAGCGCCACCACGGUGCGCACCAUCACGCACGCCAACGCUCUCACCGUCAUGAGCAAGAGCUCGGCGCCGGGAGAGAAAUCCCAGAUCCUGGAGGUGAAGGAGCAGCGCAUCAGCGGGCUGCUGGUGGCCGUGCUGAUCGGCGUCUCCAUCCUGAUGGAGCCCAUCCUGAAGUUCAUCCCGCUGGCCGUGCUCUUCGGCAUCUUCCUCUACAUGGGCGUCACGUCGCUCUUCGGCAUCCAGCUCUUCGACCGCAUCCUGCUGCUGCUGAUACCCCCCAAGUACCACCCCAAGGAGCCCUACGUCACCCGGGUGAAGACGUGGCGGAUGCACAUCUUCACCCUCACGCAGAUCCUCAUGCUGGCGCUGCUGUGGGGGGUGAAGGUGAGCCCCGCCUCUCUGGCGCUGCCCUUCGUCCUGGUCCUCACCGUGCCGCUGCGGCGCCUCCUGCUGCCCCGCAUCUUCAGCGAGAUGGAGCUCAAAUGCGUGCGUGUCCCACCGCCGCCCCUUCUCUCCCCAUCCCUGUUCCCACCCUCGUCUUUGUCCUCUCCUCCCUCCCCGUUCCUGAUGCCCCCCAUCCCCACCCUGUCCCCAUCCUCUCCCCGCUGCGCCGCGUUCCUGGAGCAGCCCACUCUGGCUCUGGUUCGGCUCCGCUCGGCGGUGCCGCUGGACGCGGUUCUGGCGGCGCCGCUCCCGGUGCGCUUCGUGCUGACGCUGCUGGGACCCGACAGCCCCCGCCUGAGCUACCGGGAGAUCGGCCGCGCCGCCGCCACCCUCAUGUCUGACCGGGUCUUCCGCCGUGACGCCUACCUGUGCGGGGGCCGCGGGGAGCUGCUGGGGGGGCUGGAGGAUUUCCUGGAGGCCAGCAUCGUUCUGCCGCCCCGCGAGGCGCCCAGCGAGCAGCACCUGCGCGCCCUGAUCCCACUGCAGCGCCAGCUGCUCCGCCGCCGCCACCGGCACCCCGACACCACGCACGGCCACGGCGUCCCCAAAGACGCAGGGAUUAAGGAUCAGGCUCCGGAGGACGACGACCCGCUGCUCCGGACGGGGCGGCCGUUUGGGGGGCUGCUGCGGGACAUCCGCCGCCGUUACCCCAAAUACCUCAGCGACAUCAGGGACGCGCUCAGCCCGCAGUGCCUGGCUGCCGUCAUCUUCAUCUACUUCGCAGCCCUGUCACCCGCUGUCACCUUCGGAGGCUUGCUGGGUGAGAAGACCCGCGGGAUGAUGGGGGUUUCGGAGCUGCUGGUCUCCACCUGCGUGCAGUGUUUGCUCUUCAGCCUGCUCAGCGCCCAGCCUCUGCUCGUCGUCGGCUUCUCAGGGCCGCUGCUGGUCUUUGAGGAGGCUUUCUACUCG